GCUGAGCCACCCAGGGAUCCUGCUGUUGGAGAGGUUUUUUUUGUUUGUUUUGUUUUGUUUUGUUUUGUUUUGUUUUGUUUUGUUUUGUUUUGUUUUGUUUGAGAGUUUUAAGCAGAGAUAAGACAUGAUCAAACUUAUGUUAUGAGAAGAUCACUUUGGCUGCUCGAUAGAGAGUGGACAGCCCAGCCGGCCGGGCCGGGCUCUGGCCCCCGAUGAGAACAGAGAGCAGAAGCAGGGAAGCCACUUAGGAGGCCACUGAUAGAUUUGGUGGGGCAAUUGGGAAAGAGAAACCAAGGACACCUAGGUCUGUGGCCUGAGCUGAGUGGACAGGCAUUGGACUUUGGGGCCGUUUAAUGCAAUGGGGACAAUAGGGUUAGGGAGCUGAUUUAGACAAUGGAUGGAAGUCAGGAGCUGUGUUUUGACCAUGCUAAGCUGAAAUGCCUGGUAGGCAACCAUGUGGGUCUGUGAGUAGGCAGUCGAAUAUUCCAGUCUGGAGUUCACGGGUUAGCUUAGGGCUUGGGAGAUCUAUGUGUAUCUCCACACACACGCGUGCACGCGCGCACACGCACACACAUUUGGAGUUGUAAGCAUUACUUUAUUUCAGUGGUGGGCUGAGCGUUGUUUGCCCCAAGAGCAAACAUAAGUUUGAUCAUGCAAAAUAAAGCAACUGGUUUGUAGUGUUUGCUGAUUCCUGUGGUAUAAAUUCCCCACAGCUGAUUUCAGGGCUGCCGGUGUUGCACGACAGGCAGAAGUCCUGAACAUUUAACAAUCAGCUCUUGGGGCAAACAACGCUUAGCUUCAUUUGCUCAUCCAAACAACUGUUGAGGGUGGCAGGAGCAUUCCGUUUGACAUGGGAGGCUUAGAGAGACACAGUGAUUUAUUCGAGGUCACAGAGGGAAUUGGUGGCAAAGUUGGAGCCUCCUGACCGCACCCCCCCACCACCCAGUUAGCUCUGGCUUGCUGACUUAGAAAAUAAAAUAGCCUGCAGGAGGAAGCACCAAGGGAAAAUAGGGAGAACUGGCCCUGUGGGACCUUUGAGAGUUCAUGGUUUAGGAUUUUUUUUUCUUCCUCUUUGUCUCACUUCCUUUUAAGAUGAUUUAUGGCAAAUUAGGAUCAAGAAGUUGCUGGAAAGGCCCUCCAGACGUAGGGACCUCAGGAUGCUUGUAGAGGCUCAGGAGGGUGCAGGGAACUGUUGUGUGUCUGUGCAGGUGGGGGGCUUAGCUCCUGUGUCUCCCCCCCAGGACAGCAGAGCUGGCCAGCUCUCAUUCUGUACCAAGGUGUGCUAUGGCAUCGGUGGGAUGCCCAACCAGGUGGCCUCCAGCGCCACGGCCUUUUACCUUCAACUCUUCCUGCUUGAUGUGGCACAGAUCCCUGCUGCCCAGGUGUCACUUGUCCUGUUUGGAGGGAAGGUGUCUGGGGCAGCCGCCGACCCCGUGGCUGGGUUCUUCAUCAACCGAAGCAGUAGGACAGGGUCUGGACGACUCAUGCCCUGGGUGCUGGGCUGCACGCCCUUCAUCGCCGUGGCCUACUUCCUCCUGUGGUUCCUGCCCCCCUUCAGCAGCCUGCGGGGCCUCUGGUACACGGCCUUCUACUGCGUGUUCCAGGCCCUGGCCACGUCCCUGCAGGUGCCGUACGCGGCGCUCACCAUGCGGCUGACCCCCUGCCCGAGGGAGCGGGACUCGGCCACCGCGUACCGGAUGACCAUGGAGAUGGCGGGGACGCUGCUGGGGGCGGCCGUCCACGGCCUGCUGGUGUCCGGCGCCCACCGGCCGCACCCGUGCGAGGACGCGGCGCCCCCCGGGCCGCAGACCCGAGUCCGAGACUCCGCGGACGCGACUCGUCUCUACUCCAUUGCAGCCGCCGUGGUUGCUAUGAUGUACCCUGUGUGCAGUGGUUUGCUCUGCCUCGGGGUGAAGGAGCGACCAGACUCCUCUGCCCCAGCCUCGGGCCAAGGCCUGAGCUUCCUGGCUGGUCUGGGCCUCACUGUCCGGCACCCGCCCUACCUGAAGCUGGUGAUCUCCUUCCUGUUCAUCUCAGCAGCCAUUCAGGUGGAGCAGAGCUACCUGGUCUUGUUCUGUACACAUGCCUCUAGGCUGCAUGAUCACGUCCAGGGCGUGGUGCUAACCAUCCUGGUCUCGGCUGUGCUGAGCACCCCGCUGUGGGAGUGGGUUCUACAGCGAUUUGGGAAAAAGACGUCGGCCUUCGGGAUCUGUGUGAUGGUGCCUUUUGCAAUCCUGUUGGCUGCUGUACCCACAGCACCAGUGGCAUAUGUGGUGGCCUUUGUAUCUGGCCUGAGCAUUGCUGUGUCCUUGCUGCUACCCUGGUCCAUGCUUCCAGAUGUGGUGGAUGACUUCCAGCUGCAGCACCAGCACAGCCCAGGCCUGGAGACCAUCUUCUACUCCUCCUAUGUCUUCUUCACCAAGCUUUCCGGCGCAGGUGCCCUGGGUAUCUCCACGCUGAGCCUGGAGUUUGCAGGGUACGAGGCAGGAGCCUGCAAGCAGGCGGAACAGGUGGUGGUGACCCUCAAGGUCCUCAUCGGUGCCGUACCCACCUGCAUGAUCCUCACUGGUCUGUGCAUCCUCAUGGCUGGCCCGGCCCCAAAGGUGCCCAGCCAGGACCCCUCGCGUCGGCUGAGCCUUCAAAGGAGGACCAGCUACAGCCUCGCUUGAGGUCUGACCUUGUGUGCGCUGGAACAGCAGAAGCCAGCAUCUUCUGGCCUUGAAGUCCCUCUUCUUCUCAGUCCCUUAGCCCACCUACUUGGAAGGAUACAUGUGACCUGUCAUUUCCCCUGGGAUAUGGAGUCUUCAGUGACAUCCCCUGAAAGGGACUGGCCUGGGCUCCAGGAUCCUCACCUGCCAUUUCUUGCUUAUUGACCACAGACCCUGUCAGAUAGGCCUGUGCCCUGGACCACCCACCUCCAGGUAACCCUGACGGGGAAAGCAUCCCAACAGCAACCAUUCCUGGGAAAAGGAAGCCCCGACAAUCUACUCACCUGACAGAGAGACCUUUCGUUCCUCCUGACAGACACUCCAGCGGACAUCUGAGAGAGAGGCCGAUGGACACCACAUGAAUGGGCAGAGGACAAAUGGACAUGCUGGGGAUGACAUUAAGAGAGACACAGAUAGGGACAGAGACCAAGAGACCCCAGAGGGAGCAAAUGGGGACAGCAGAGGGUGAGGAGCCAAGAAACGAGAAGGGUUUCUCAGUCUAAACGUUUGUUCAUAUAAGCUGGCAACACUGUUUCUGGAAUCAGACACAGACUGAUACCAAGCCACCAAAGAUCAGUUAUUAUUUUUUUUAGAUCAAUUAUUUUUAUGAACAAAAGUUAUCUUUGUGGAAAUAUUUUUCUGAAAUUGUAUCUUAUAAAAGCACAAGGACCACCGUUUUCUAAAGGCUGUAUCUUUGGGGAAGAAAGACCCAUUGAAGUUUAUUUUUUCAAAAAAAUAUUAAAGGGUUUAUCUUCUA